CGGACGCGCCGCCGAGCCGCGGCCUCCCGGGUCGCCCCGCUGCCCCCGCCCGCCGGCGGCCGCGCAGGCCAUGGAUUCCCCUUACUCCAACGGAGCCUACAGCCCCCCGUACCCGCCGGCGCCCGCCGCUGCCCCGCACUACGCCGGGCUGGCACAGGACCGGGGCUACUACGGCUGCGGGACCCCGCAGAGCCCCUUCCCCACGGAGCCCACGGGCAUGUACCGGCCCCCGUCACCCAGCGCCCCCUGGAGCUACAGCCCCAGCGAUGGCCCCAGCGAGGGCUCGUCCCGCAGGAGGCAGCAGGGCCCCGGCUACUCCCCACCGCAGACCCCCAGCCUGCCCAUCCCGCAGUACCCCUACCGAGACGCCAGCGCAGGGCUGCCGGGGCCUCCGCCGCCGCCCAGAGCCGCCGAGGACUCGUGGGGUCCGUGCCCCGCGUUCGGGCUGCAGCCGCGCUACGCCUGGCCCCCGGCCGCGCUGCACGGGAGCCCCUUCGCCUGCCAGUCGCCUCCCCCCUGGGCUGCCAGCGGAGCCCCCUCCCACCCUCCUGCCUGGGACUCACAGGACUCUCCUUACGACCAACCCGAGCCAGGCACAAACCAGCAGCACUACUACUCUGAUGGCAAUCACCAUCAGCACUCUGGGACACAGAACAGCCACAAGCCAGCCCCUCCCCUCAGCACCAAGCCCCCCGCGCCACAGCCCAAGGUGCAGUACAGCGCCCAGCCCCAGCUGUACGACGGCGCCUCGCGGAAGCUCCCGCCUGGGAGAGCCGGUGCCCAGGCUGCCCCAGCCCCUGCAGCCAUCCAGCCGGAGAUUCAGCGCAUCCUGCACGUGAUGGGAGAGGCUGAGCAGCUGGAGCAAGAGGUGGAUGAAUUUGUAGGGAGAAAGACAGAGAAAUCCUACCGGCUGCUGGAGGAGAUGCUGACCAAGCUGCUGCUGGAACUGGACUCCAUCGAGACCGGUGGCCAGGACAGUGUCAGGCAGGCCAGGAAAGAGUCAGUCCACAGAAUUCAGGCCAUUCUGGAAAAACUGGAGAGAAAGGGAUUGUGAAAGCACAUCAGGCCACAACACACAGGCCAUUGCUGAGGUCCCAAAGAGUUCCAGUUGUGUUCAGUCUCAGCUCUUUCUGCUGCGCACGAUCGGCCGUGGAACAGCAAUAAGCCCCGAGUUAAAACAGCCUGAAACCGCCCCACACACACCCAGUCCCAGCAAAUAACUUGGCAGUGGACACAUUAAGAGAGGCUUGAAGCAGCAAAUGGAAUGGUUGGUUGGUUGGUUGGUUGGUUGGUUUGUUCCACGUUUGAGAAAACCAGAACCAGGUGAGGUCCUUCUGCUGUGGGGGCUCUGUGGGAGGGCCCACGUCCUCUUCAGCAGCAGGAAAAGGGCUGUGCAAAGCUCCCCAAAGCAGGCCCGGGCUGUAGGUGCCUCCUGCAGCCACAGCAGCUCUUCAGACAGCCCCAGCACUUCGUCAGGUGCAGCCACAAACCGAGACUCUGGGCUUGUCCCUCACUGCCUGUAUUUGCAGCUUCAGCUUCCCCGCCGUGAAACCUCGUGUGUCAUCCUGGGGCUUUCCUUGGCUUUGGUGCACUCCAGGGCUGCAGAAAGGGACCAGGCUGGCAGCCCAUCGAUGCCAGCAGAGCUCACAUCGUGCUGUUCCUCCUCUCAGGAGCAGCCAGGCCGUGGUGUCCAGGAGCGUGGCCAGGAAACCUCUGCCACUGAGGAGAGGUAGGAGCAGAAGAAUGACAUCAGAAGAGAGUGAGAGGCAACAGCAGGAUGCCUGGAAAUGCCCUCCAUCAAAAUCCCCUCUUUACAGAGUCCUUCCACCAGUGUGGUGUUCACUGCAGAGGCUGUGUGUGGCACUGGAGGGUACAGAGGGGAAGGGAAGGGCUUGGCCUCCUCUUAGCCCUCUGCUCCCGACAUCCUGAGUGAACCUUUACUGUGUGUGGUGAGAUAAUAAACCCUGACCACUUGUAAAAGGUACUUUGUAAUGAA